AUGCAGAAUGCCGAAAUCGUCGAUGUAGGCUCUCUCACACCAUCAAUGGGAGAUCACAUUGCGUCAAUGCAAAACCUGAAAGCCUUGAGCAUGUUCUUAUGCCACCAAUCGCUCCUUAGCAUGUAUCCUCUGAGAGAUAUCGCAAAUCUGCAACAUCUGAAGGUUGUCGACCAUACUUUGGGCGAAGCUCUUGCGCAUGACGACGUGGUUUUGUCAAUACUCUUCAACUCGGCAUCGACAAUUCGCAGCCUUUUCUUAGAGACGAGUUCGUUGCAGCUGGGCAAUUUUCUGCUUGGGUGGGAGGAAAUGGUCUCCAAAGCUGACUGGAUUGACCAGGAGAGUGUCUAUCUCAGCGCCCUAAAGUCUCUCUCUCUCAUUGGCCUUCGUUUUAACCAGAGUCUGAUUGAUUCAAUGGCAAACAUCAUCGACUUUAUGAAAUUGGACGACCUGACGAUUGGAAUAGUAGCAACUGGCGCCCUUCGCCUCUUUCCGUUCCUCAGAAGGUUGGCUGCUAAGCCAGGCACGGCAAAAAAUCUACGCAAACUGUCCUUGGUCAUGUCAAGUGAACGUGCAUUACACCAUCUUGGAGACUUCGGUGCUGAUAUGGAAUUUAAAGUAAAGAUCCGGUUCAUUGCGUCGUUUGACUCUUUGACCUCUCUGGAGCUCAAGGAACAAAACCCAUACCCGGUGACCAUUGAUGAUGGUACUCUUCUAGUUGACGCUUUGUGGCGAGCCAUUAUUUCCCACGGUAACUUGGAAAGCUUGAGCAUAAACUGCACCGAAGAUGUUGGUACAAAUGCCAUUCCACGGCUAUCAGCAGCGACGGUGACAACCCUGAUCAACAAUCUACCCAAAUUGAGGAAUUUUGAGUUUGCCCCGGCUGAAGCGGAAAUAGAAGAAAUUGGACAGGCACUCAGCCGCGGCAAAGCCCUCGUGUCCAUCCUCUGCUGCCCUCAGCCAAACCAGCCUCAUGCAUCUACACGGGGUCCCGAUUCAGGGCUCAUAGUUGUUACUGAGAUCCUGAAAGGCUUUUUAUCUCGGGAUUUUGGCAAUGUCGAGGGAAAGUUUAUUUGGGAAGAUCACUACAAGCUCAAGCGCAUAUCUCUCAAGUAUCGAUUAUGGGAUGUCGCCUCAGCGUUUGGCAAGCUAAGAAAAGCCCUUUCUAAGAAACGCAAAAUGGCAAAGCAGACCAGAAUUGAGACCAACGAGCGCGCGGCUGCCUGGAUUCCCUGGCUUACUUGGCUAUUGGAGCACCCAGAAACCGUCACGCCGGAGGUCAAUGGCACCAAAAGCCCACCAACCACUAAGGAUGGUGAUGAAGGCGAGUGCGCCGACGACAACACCGUAGAUUGGGUUUAUGUCGACCCCUAUGACGCCGAAUGCGGCACACUGCCUCGAGAGUGCAUGAACCCAGACUUUCUGAUCUGGGUCAACUCUGAAGGGCGCCAUCUCAUGGAGGAUGACCCAGAAGCAAUUAAGGGUGUCACUGAGGCUCUCCGUGGACUAGACAGGGAUCGGGCUGCUGCUGUUCGUGACCUGAUCCAGGAAAGAUGGAAGAAGGUCGCAGCUGUUUACAAGGAACAGGCACAGGAGGCCAGGAACAAGCCGGAGAAGACUGAGGAGGAGCCCUUCAAGCAUGUCACCCAGGAUAAGUGGACGUCCAAGAACCUCAUUUUCCCAAAGCUUAAUUUCUGA